GGAGCGCCGGUCCCCGCGGAGGGACGGCCGGGCCGCGGCGGUGACGGGAGCGGCGGCGGGGCUGGGGCAGCUCCGCCGGGACCGCCCCCCCCCCCCCAGCCAAGCUCCCCUCUCCCCUUCUCCCAGCGCGGCCCAGCCGGUGCCCGCCGCUGCCCUCGGGCCUGGCGGGGUCACCUUCAUGGGCGGGCGGUAGCACUGUGGUGCCCGGGGCCUGGUGAGGCGUCGGCGGGACAGAGCGGGGCCCGAGAGCGGCGGGGACCGGGGCCAUGUUCGUGCAGGAGGAGAAGAUCUUCGCGGGGAAGGUGCUGAGGCUCCAUGUGUGCACCGUGGAGGGCGCCGAGUGGCUGGAGGAGGUCCCCGAGGACACCACGGUGGAGAAGCUGAAGGAGCGAUGCCUGAAGCACUGUGUACCUGGGAGCUUGGAGGAUCCAAAAACCAUGACACAUCAUAAGUUGAUCCAUGCUACUUCUGAGAAGGUGCUGACAGACACAAAAACAGUGUUAGAGGAAAACAUUCAAGAUAGAGAUGUCUUGCUUUUGAUAAAGAAGCGUGCACCACCUCCACUCCCCAAGAUGGCAGACGUGUCAGCAGAGGAGAAAAGGAAACAAGAGCAGAAAGCUCCUGAUAAGGAUGCUAUUCUCAAAGCAACUGCAAAUCUGCCCUCUCGCAAUGUAGAUCGCACUGUGGCCCAUCACAACAUGAGGGAUUUUCCUUUCUUGCAGUUCCAGACAGAGCUCCGGAAGAUCUUAGUGUCUCUCAUCGAAGUUGCACAGAAAUUGCUAGCACUGAACCCAGAUGCAGUUGAACUAUUCAAGAAGGCAAAUGCCAUGCUGGAUGAGGAUGAGGAAGACAGAGUGGAUGAGAUAGCUCUGCGACAGCUUACAGAAAUGGGGUUUCCAGAAAGCAGAGCUGUCAAAGCCCUUCGAUUAAAUCACAUGUCUGUGACACAGGCCAUGGAGUGGUUGAUAGAACACGCGGAUGACCCCACAGUGGAUGCUCCGCUCCCAGGUCAGACUCCAUCAGAAGCCACAGCUGAAGCUGGUGCAUCCUCUGCUGAAGCAGCUGCGGGUCCCAGUUCAGAGGCGGGUGGGGAGGAGGCCAAGGACGAGCUGACGGAAAUAUUCAAGAAGAUCCGGAGGAAAAGAGAGUUUCGUCCAGACCCACGAGCUGUCAUUGCCCUGAUGGAGAUGGGAUUUGAUGAAAAAGAAGUGGUAGAUGCACUCAGAGUAAACAACAACCAGCAGAACGCAGCCUGUGAAUGGCUGCUGGGAGACAGAAAGCCUUCUCCAGAGGACUUAGAUAAAGGCAUUGACACCAAUAGCCCUCUCUUCCAAGCCAUUUUAGAAAACCCAGUGGUACAGUUAGGGCUAACCAACCCUAAAACUCUACUAGCCUUCGAGGAUAUGCUUGAAAACCCCUUGAACAGCACUCAGUGGAUGAACGAUCCAGAAACUGGGCCUGUCAUGCUACAGAUCUCUCGAAUCUUCCAGACGCUGAAUCGCACGUAGAGGGGGAUGCCAGUCCACUGUGCCACUUCCUACUGUCCCUCGCUUCACCUUCGCCUCAACGGGAGGGUGCAUGGAUUGUUUGGGGGGGGGGCGGAUGGACAGGGGGGCGGGGGGAUCCUGUCUGGACGGGUCUCUCGCACGAGAGCUUAUGUAGUUAUGGCCAACUGAAGUUAAUUGCCUUGUGGAUUUAGUGUUAGUGGAAGAGGUUGGGAGACUUGUUUAUGUUUUCAGCUAUUAGGUUGGAAAUAAAAAUAGGAAAAGGUUUUGUGAAAACAAUUAAGAAUCGGAUUGUUGGAAAGAAAUCCGAUAUUGCUUGUUGAAAAGGCCCGUGACAGUAGUUUUCUAGUCAGUGUUGCUAGCAUCUGGCUAGUGUUUACAAGAGGUCACUGACCACUAGCAUAGGAUAUUAAUCAUCUCCAUACAGUAUUAAUUUAUGGCUAUGUCAAAUUAUAAAAUGCCUUUUAAAAUUGAUUCUUAGGAAACGUUUUUUAAAAGUCCAAAUAUUGGGAGAGCAAGCACCUUUCUAUCCAAACGUGCUUAUCUUGCAUUAUAAUUUAAACAGAAAAAUUCAGAGAUGGAAUUCUUUUAAUAAAUAGCAUUACUUUUUCCUAUUUAUUUUCCGCAUUAGUGUUGUUACAGUCCCACUAUGGUUAUACUUGUAGGAGAUUCUCUGCCAGCUACAUUAAAGAUGCAGUAUCUCUUCCAUGACAGAACUCAGUGCACCGAAACUUGGAUUCUCAAGUAGGCUGCAGUUUAUACUCUGCCAUAUCCUAGUGCAAGGAGGGAUAUAGUCAUGUAGUGGGGCUUUUUCCAUUUUUACGUGCACGGUUUUAGAAAGGGAGAUUUGUGGGGCUUUGACUUUGUUUCAAACUGUUUACAAAAAAGCAACUAAUUUGCAUGGGGUUUUCAUUGGUGAUCUGUAAAGAAGCAGAACCGCUUAGGUUUUUAUGUUGUUUCACGUAUUUCAAAGCACGCUUGAAAUUACUUUCUUUGAGAUAGCAGUGGCUUUUCUUGACACUUAUUUUUACCUUUGAAAUACCAAGAAUGUCAGGCUGUGUCUUUCUUAUUUUGUUAGGAGACUGACUUGAGAUUUCAGAUGGGAGUUGUGAGCUUUUAAGAAUAGAACUCGCUGAAUAUCCAGCUCGAUUUUAUGAUUGGACUCUGAAAGUGUUUUAAAAAAGUCUGAACAAAAAUGGUUUUUAUUUUCAAAUUAGUGAAACAUGAUUGACAUCUGUCGUGAUCCCUGCCAUGUCCCAUGCCUCAACAGCCCUUUUUUGGAAAGGCAGGCUAGGCAAGACCUGCCUCCCCAAAAUGCAGAGUAACCAGACGGAGACCCUGUCCUUAAAUAGCACGAAGGUGUCCUGUCAGAUAGAGAGAUCCUGAACAGCUCUGCAAGUCACCUUUUUAAGUGUGGGGUUUUUUUGUAUGGUUGGGUUUGGUUUGGGUUUGUGGUUUGUUUUGUUUUGUUUUUUUAAAAAAAAAAAAAAAUGAAACAAGAUGCAACCCGAAACCCUGUAACAAGUUUUGGCCUGAACUUGGCAUCUAAUCUAUGCUGUUAUGCAGUCAAGGCACUGAAGUUGCCAAUUUCACAUAAUUAAUAUGAAGGGUUGGGAAAUCAAAACAGCAUGAGAUUUUAUCUUGACUUAUUAUCCCAGGAUUUUUAUUUGUAAUUUCAUAUGAAGCUUUACAGGUCAUGACUGUUGAAAUAUUUACUGUUACCUUUAGAAACUCCGAGCUUUAUAGAGAUGCUUCUUCUGUUCAAAUUGGACAGUAAAACCAUUUUCCUGGAUUCAUGCUAAGGACAGAUUGACAGCAUGACAUUAAAUUGUAACCUUAUCCUAAAAGCCAGGAACCUGAUCCUGCAACCCAGUGAGUUCAGCACUACUCAUGAGUAGUUGUGACUGAGUGCUGUAGUGUUAUGAAAGGGUUUGAGUUUGUCCUUUUUUUUUCUUACUCCCUGCAGCUUUUUUGCCUGUAAUACUACUGGAAGUCACUAUUUCUUGAUGCUCUUAAUGUUAGAAGCACAUGUCCUUCUCUGCCAAUCAGGAUUCUUGGAAAUAUUCUUUUUAAUCAGUGUUUUUAAAAGCCAAAGCUGGGAAGAACUACCCUAUAGUUUGUUGAGGGGGGGGAUUUGGCUUCUGAGUGAGUAAGUACAGGUUCAGACGUAACCAGCAGAUACUUUGGUAGCAGCCUUGGUCUUUGCAGAAUGUAAAAGCUUGUUGAAAUGCUUCUUUUGAUUUCAGUAGUACAUGAUCCGAUUCUGGAGUGGCUGUAGAGCUCCCAGACAGACCAGGCAAGAAUCAUGGCUCAACUUUUAGAGUCAUCUAAAAGUUUGACAUCUGUUUUGCUGGCAGAACCUAGGGGACUAGCCAUGCAGCAAGAGGGAGCAACCCCUCUUGCCUGUGCUGGCAUGGGAGGAGCUGCCCCCAGAACUCUCUGUCGCUGCUGCCGGGGCAAAGCAGGUGAUGAACUUGAACCAGCUUCCCCAGCUUUUAGGGGGUUGAAGCUGGGCCCAUUCCUGAAACGUGGUGUCUGACCUGCUUUGGAGGAGCAGAGUGGCUCGUCUCUAAGGGUAAAGGUUCUGCUUCUUGUGUAUCUCUUCAUCAACCCCACAGCGAGGGGAUCGGAGGGUUGGUGCUGCCAGGACCUGCCAGUGAACUGUGCGUGUUCUUCAGUGUCGGUUUGAUCAGGGUGGUAAAAGUUAUCAGAGCUGCCUCCCGUGAGCGUGCCAGAGCAGAAUCAGUGCCACUGAACCUUUUAUAAAAUUGAGGAAAAAUCAGUAAAACAAAUCAUGCUCACGUAGUAGAAGGGGGUAAGAAUGCCCAGGUUCACCAACAUAAUGUAAAGUUGCAGCAGCAUUUGGAGACCUUAGGGAUAAAGGAAUACUGCAUCUUUAAAGUGCUCAAAGACUUGAGAAUAUGUGGUUAUUUCUGGGGUUUGUUAUUCCAGAGCUCAGCACUUGCACAGCUGAAGUGUUGGAGAGUGUGUUCUUCCUGGUCUGGCAAACAGUCUUCUUGCUUGGUAUGGCUUUAACGUAGUCCUGCUUGUCUUGUGAGAACGUAAGUUCCCAGUGGCCAAUAGCUGAAAGAGGCCAGAACUUAGGAGGUGUGAUGUUUGCAGCAAGGCACAGGAGCAGAUCUGAAACACAGAAACUACCCUUGAGGUUUAAAUGAACACCGGAGGAAUUGUUCAAGACAGGGGUGGUGUCAAGGUAUGAAUUAGUAGCAGACAAGGGAGCUGUGUCCCCCUGUCACACCUGUGUGUAUUGCUACUUCGUCACAGUAAAUGAGGCACGAGUCAAGUCCACUGGGCUUGCAAAGGCAUUGAUUAUCCCAGUUUUUACAAAACUUGCAAAAAAAAAAAUGAAAGAUCUGCUGUUGAGUCAGCAUGUGCAGCUGGGUCUCCAGGCAGGAGGAGUGUGUGUGGCAAGAGCUCUGCCUGGUGAUAAAAUGUCCUGUUCUGUGGCUGAAGGGUAGAGGACUGGUGGAUCCGGUCUGUAAGCCGGUGAGAGGUCCCUAAGCACAUGGGAAUAGAUGUUUUUCUUUUUUUUUUUUUUUUUUUUUUUUAAAAAAAAAAGCUGUUGUGAGGAGGAACUUACAGGAGUAAGGUUUUACAGGUUCAGGUCCCGUGCUUGCAUCUCUGGUGUUCAAGUUAUAACUAGCAAAGACAUGUCCUGUUUAAGUGUCUCAUAACAUGGUCAAGGCAAUAUUGGGAAGCCUGUGAAAUCAAGUAGUAAGGAAAUGGGGUGGUAGGUGGUUAAUACAAUGUCUGUUUCUUACAGUUCUAGCUCUUUGCCCCAUCAGUUGACACAGACAAUCUUCUACCUUUUGAUAUUACAUGACUCUUGAAAGCUAGCUAGCUGUUUAUUUAAAUAUAUAUAACUUAUAAUUUUGUCAUCAAAACACUGAUAUUUUUAAUAGAAAUGUACUAUAUGGAAGUUUGUUCUCAGGGCUUCAUAUUUAUACUCUCUUUAUAGGGGGCUGCAUUUAAAGGGAUGUAUUUGGAAAAAAUGCCAGUGGCUACUUUACAACUUGGACCUUGAUUGUCUUGACCUGUGAGCUUGAGCUAGCGCAACUCUCCUAAUAAACCUCUCGUGUCUGGUCCAGUCCAAAGAAUCUGCCAUUCUGUCUCUCCUUGUGAGCAGUGACAUGAGUCUUCCUCUAAGAUUGCUGCAUCGCUCUCUGGAAGCGGUCACACAAGAUUACCCACGUCACAGUUUGCUGAACUUUACACCAUUUCAAGGACGCUUCUGUUCUCCAUGCAGCUGGAAAAUGAACUUGCACAGGUUCUAAAGCAGUCAUCAGUGCUCUCCUGCUCUUCUGGGAAGGUGCAAGGUUCGCUCCUGCAAGAGCUCUGAAACCUCCAGGUAAUUGCUGCUUUUUGGCUGCUCACAGCCCCGGUCGCAGAUGUGUCCUGGAACCUUGACCCCCAUUUCUUGCCUCAUUCUCCUGGAACCAAACUUGUCUUUUGGAGAUGGAUCUUCAUAUCCAAGAAACACUUCGGUGGUUAUUGAAAUCCCUUUUAGUUAGGACUGUUACAAUUAUUUUUAUUUUUAUUUUUUUUUUAGGCAUUGUGAUACUUGGGCUGAAGAUCUUUUAAUGUCCUUUGAAAGUUGUUUAAAUAAGCAUUGCACCAAACGAAUGUAUUCUAACACUGUCAGCAAAUAUUGCCUGUGGAAGAGAUGCAGAGGUUACCAGGGAUCUCUACUUCAGUGGCAAUUUUCUGAAAGCCGCGUGCACAGGAUAGCGAGUGUUUCAUCCAAAGUAAACACCCUGUUUUUCUACUUUUAAUAAAUAACGUUUUUAUGAACUAGGAGAAUAGCGGCACUUGCAGCUGGGUAUUUCCAUCCGAUUGCAAGUCCUUGUGCUUUGAGGCAUAAGCAAACCACCGACUGUAUCCUCCCCUCGGGGCCGAUUUAUUUGCCUGAAGGAUUUGUGUUGGCUGUUGUCAGUGAGCUCGGCCGGGGGGGGGGGUGACCCCCACCCCCCCGCAGGGGGAGCAGCGAGCAGGGGCUGUGCUGUCCGUGUGAACGUGCUCUCCUGGCCCUUGUUCUCACCUGCAUCCUGACAGCCGGGUAUAACCAAAGGGGUUUUUUGAGGACCUCUUGCCCUAGAUUUGAAGAUCUCCAAUGCAGAUCCUGUUUGCAGCAUGUGAACUUCAAUAAAUGUAAACGCAUUAAAUUCUUACUGAAUUUAGGUAUAGUUUUAUAUCAUGCUCUGGGGAGAGGGAGGAAAUUGGAUCAUGUUUUAAACUAAGCCCCACAAAACAAAGCGUCUUUGUUACAGCAGGUAACAGAGGCCUGGAGAGAUUUUUAAUUUGCGUAUUUUUAUCAUAGUUUAAUGAACUGUACGGGAAUGUGAUUUGCUAUCCAGCACUUAACCACAAGGCAGCACCAGUAAAAUUAUAUUGCAAGGUACUGACUUGACAUAUUUUUCAUUUCACCUGUGCAUAAAAUAAUGAGGUACAGCAUACGAUAAUUUUUUAUAUGGCACUGACACUGAUGCGUGGCAUGCACAGCUGUUUCUAAGAUGUAACGUGACUUUGAUGAAGCUUAACUGGGGCGGACGCCACUGAGCCUGUGGAAUUCAGGGUUCGUUCUGGACGCGCUCGUGUGGGUCGCUGACCUCUCCCUGAGCGGGGAAGCCGCCAGGCUUUGCUCCCUUAGAGUAGGCCUCCAGGCAAAAAGCAAGAAAUGCUGCUCAUUUAUGAUCUUUUUAAGCAGUUGCUGUUGCCUGUUGAAAUAUAUUCCUGGAAGUUAUCAGGGUUGUUAGCGAGGCCAGACCCGUUCAGGCCGAAACAACUGUGGACCUUUAGCGGGUGGAGAAGUCGUACCCACAAACGAGACUGGAAUGAAUGCUGAGUCUUUAAACCUGCUCACACAUACACACUGAAGACACUGAUGUUAUGUGUGUUGUAAAUUUAUAAUAUAUCUUAAAAAUAAAAGUUUUUUUGAUUUAUUA